GAAAUAUUUCGUUUGAACGAAACAAACAGUGUAUAGUCUUAUAGAAAUAACCUUUCGCCUCGUUCAGCCUUCUACACAGCAUGUCAGACUCUAAACUUGUGGACAUCGAACCCGGUGGUGAGAGCACGCAGUAUGAAUCUAUCAAAGAGUUUACAAUACCGCCUGCGAAGCAGACCGGGCAAUUGGGAGCGCACGAGCCACAUACAAGGAGCGAACAAUGGCCAUCGAAGGAAACGGCUCCUAAGCCCGAAGACGAAGAUGCCGAGUGGGCUAAGAAAAUGGGCAAAGAGUUCACCAGCAGCGGCCUGAAUACUACAGAGAACGGCCGGACGUUUAACGCUCGGGCUAGCGACGCGACGGCCGCUAGGAGCCGGAGACAGCAGGGGUAUGGACCGGGAUCCGGUGUGGGAGCCUGAGCGGUGGUCGAGACGUGAGCGCAGCGAGGGAAAAUGAAGUCAUUAGGUGGGAGGAUUGCGGUGCGGAGUGUUUAUUGGGGAGCCGUGGGGCUGGUGGAGGAAGAGGUCGACUUCGGGGGGUUGGGGAGGUUCUCGGUGCCCAGGGCGGGGCUUCUGCGGGCUCGUUUCAGGCUUUCCAGUGUCACGCCGUUGCCGAGCUUUGUGAUGCCGACGAC